AUGAACUCUCACCCGGAACGGGAGAGGAUUCUUAAAGACAAGUUCGGCGAGCGUCGGGGCAACCUCUUCACGCAGGUCAAGACGUGGGCACAUGGGCCAGGCGGGUUCGUCAGGGAAUCGAAGAUUCCCAUGAUGGCUGCUGAGAACAUGGCGCCGGUGCAGCGCCGCAACGUCCAGCAGUGGCACCUUUUCUAUUUCGAUGCCGUUUAUGGCAGCAAGUGGCACUGCGAUCCUGACACGGGGCGCCCGUUCGCCAACAAGGCGUUUGACAUGGCGCUCUGCAAGGGACUUGGCGGUCGUAGGUGCAAGACGAUGUUUGCCAAGAUCCCAGUGGUGGCAACGAUUUGCCAUGUGGUUGAAUGGCCCAUGGCAAAUGCGGGGAGCCGUGACACGCCUGCCCUAGAUGGCAGUGACUCCAACAACAGGAGGGAAGUGCAGCUGAAAGUGGGGGUGAUUAUUGAUUGGAUUAAGGAUAGAGAGCUUCAGCUGAUGUGGCGCGACGACACAGGCGCGCAGCAUUCAGCAUUUCUCAAGGCGCGGGACGGCAAGGAGCAGGGUCGAGGCGCCACGGGCUUCAUCCAACGGAUGGUGAUCGACGGUCGGGAUGUGAUCCCUCCUUUCCACCCUGGGAGCUCCAUCUCCGCGGACGGAGGCUUUAAGCUGCUGCUGGCGGAGAGCAGGAGCCAGCCCGGGAGGAUAGAAGACGAGUUCCACCUGAAAAUAGAGGGCGUGGUGGAUCUGAGUUUGACGGCGCGGGUGGCCCAUCCGCUCAUGCAGACUGCGACUGAGGCGCAGGCGCACUUCAACGUGCAUAUCGUGCAGCUCAAUCACACAGAGGGCAUUCACGGCGUGUUGGGACAGACCUUUCGCGGAGAGGCAUCUCGCGCCGUGCGGUCGCUGCGGCACCGGCUGCUCACCCGCCUGCUGCGGGAGCCGGUAGACGUGGAGAGCAGUGAGGGGGGCGACGGGCUGCUGGAUGGGCGCGUGCAGGACUAUCUCACCUCGGGAAUUGCCGCCCCGGACUGUGCAUUCGCUGCUGCGUGGAGGAGGGGAGAGCACGAGAGUGAGAUGGGCGACGACGGGGUUGAUUCGAUGUGA